AUGGUUCAACGACUGGUCUUUAGAAGACGACUGUCUUAUAACACAAAAUCCAACAGGAGGCGAAUCGUUCGCACUCCUGGUGGUAAAUUGGUAUACCAAUACCUCAAAAAACCCAAGAAGAUCCCAAGAUGUGGACAAUGUAAAGACAAACUGAGAGGUAUUCUUCCAGCUAGGCCCCAAGAGAGAUCCCGUUUAUGUAGAAGGAAGAAAACCGUAAAGAGGGCUUACGGCGGUGUCUUGUGCCACAAAUGUGUAAAGGAAAAGAUUGUAAGAGCUUUCCUUAUUGAGGAACAGAAGAUCGUUGUUAAAGUUCUUAAAGCCCAACAAGCUGUAAUUAAAACUAAGAAAUAG